AUGGCGUUCCACGGCUUUCGGCAAGGCUCCUCGACUGCGGUACUCGCCUCUCGGGUUCCUAUUCGACCCGCGCACUUCGCGCAAUCUCUUCUCGCCUCUCGCCUGUUGUCCUCAAAUCAGCCUGUUACCAAGUUUUUUGUUGCCCCUUUACUGCCAUGUCGCCUCUUCACUUCGGCGGCACUGCAACGCGCCGUCCGCGAGAUUCCGUGGAAGAGUCGGCAGGACAUUCUGAGGGAGCGCACGUGCCCGGUCUAUGCGGCUGAAUGCCGCGGCACACCCAGGAGGGAAUACUCGAAAAACAUGAUUGACGGCGUCCGCGUAAAACCCACAUUCAACCCCUUUGUGAAGCUUAACAAGGCUAAGCGCUACGUCCUCGACAACUGGCCUUCCCGGAACUGGGAUGAAUGGUCUCCGUACCGAUGCUACGUCCGCGGCAGCCGCAGGCGAUAUAACAUUCCACAGGAUCUCAUGCCCUACAAAGACGAACUCGGCGAGUGGCAUCCUCCUCGACUCUCCGCGCGGUACCAGGCGGAUGUGAAGAAGCAGUACCUCAUGAAUGGCCUGCCCUGGGUAUGGCAGAAGGACUUCUACGAUGGCAAGAUGCACUUCGGGGAUAGAGAGCCGCUCGGACCGAAGCGUUGGUACCGAAAGGCCUUCAGAGAGGAGAGAGUUAAGGAGGCAAUGAGGAAAAUGGAUGACCUCGUUCUCGACUAUCGGCAGGAAAACCGAGAUCGGCGGAGGUACAACUGGUUUGAGAAGGUCGUCCACGACUUCGCAGGGGAAGAAAUCGCCACGCAGUUCAUCCGAAAACGAAAAGAGCCGAAGCUGUAA